AUGAAUAACUUCACCCCCAUGACAAUCUGGAGUCUGUUGGGUAUCCCUCCACCCAACCCCUACCCUCUGAUGAUUCGUCAGAAAGGAACCCGAGUCUGGUAUAAUAUGAGUAGCGGUGGCCUCAUGUUUGCAACCAUAGACUCCACCGGCAGGUUGCCAGACGGGACGAUACUCUUGACCAUCAUCGAUGACGACGGUGAGAGGGUUACCUUACCGGAUCUAGCUCGAUACUUCAGAGGCCGGUUGCGGUCUUUACAUAGCCCAAGCGUUCCUCGUCCUGCUCCACCACCAUGGUUGGAGCUGGAGGCCCAAGCAUCUGUUGAAAGGGUAAUUAACAUGCUUGAAGAAGCAUUCAAAUCUUCAUAUACGACUACUUGGGACGUCCGGGACUAUGCUGCGGACUUGUCACCGAGACAGAGUGGAAGCAAUGAGGAGUUGGAGAAGAAACUCUUGGCACGAUUCCCACUGAUGUACGAAACAGCUGGGUCCGAUAUCCCCUACCUCGAUCAACCGUGCCAUAUAACCGACCGGCAGGGUCACAUUUUACUUUGGUACUUUCCUGAAAUGUUCUCAGAACAGCUUCGGGUCCCGAGGAUCCACUGCGCGUCAGCCGAUAUUCAGGAACCUGCCAAUUCAACCUACCUCCAGAAUGUCCUAUUGGCCAAUGCAAUUGUUGGCGCAAUCUAUGCCGUCAUACAACCCGAUCUUUUUGAGUCCGGUUUAGCCACCUUCGAGAAGCUUGCCAAUCAUGCCGAGGCAUUGGACGAUCCUAUCAAUAUUGCUCUUCGCGUUUGGGCCACUCCCUUCACCGGUCUUUCAGUCAUCCUGAACCGAGAGACGAUCGAUCACCGAGAUCUAAAGGGGUAUAGGGAGUCUUUUGACUUGUUGCUCACCAUCGGAAACUACACAGGAGGCCGGUGUCACUUGGCCGGGCUCGGGUUUAGCCUUGUUUAUGACCCUGGGACGGUUGUUGCCUUGGCCGGCAAUGUUUUACAACAUGGUGUUUGUCCUGUGCUGGGUGACCGGGCCUGUUUAGCUCACUUUUGGCACAAAAAGGUUGGGGAAAGGCUUGGGGUGAAGAGGCCUCAGUGGUUGACCAUGGCAGACUUGAUAUAUAAUUUGUCUGGUAACUAA